CUGGUGUUGGGUGGGUGGGGAGGGGUAGAGAAGGGGAAAAUAAACCUCUUUGGCUGGAGUAGGGUCCGGGUGAGCAGAUUUCCUUAUCCGGGAAUCGCAGGCCGGGUGGCCAUUGGCUCGGAGGAUCACGUGGGCCUCUAACUUUGUUCACUUGACAGUAAGUAGGAGGGCUUUCGGAAACAGGAAAACGAGUCAGGGGUCGGAAUAAAUUUUAGUAUAUUUUGUGGGCAAUUCCCAGAAAUUAAUGGCUAUGAGUUCCUUUUUGAUCAACUCAAACUAUGUCGACCCCAAGUUCCCUCCGUGCGAGGAGUAUUCACAGAGCGAUUACCUACCCAGCGACCACUCGCCCGGGUACUACGCCGGCGGCCAGAGGCGAGAGAGCGGCUUCCAGCCGGAGGCGGCCUUUGGGCGCCGGGCGCCGUGCACUGUGCAGCGCUACGCGGCCUGCCGAGACCCCGGGCCCCCGCCACCUCCGCCGCCCCCGCCGCCCCCGCCACCGCCCGGGCUGUCCCCUCGGGCUCCCGUGCAGUCAACAGCCGGGGCCCUCCUCCCGGAGCCCGGGCAGCGCAGCGAGGUGGUCAGCAGCAGUCCCCCGCCGCCUCCCUGCGCCCAGAACCCCCUGCAUCCCAGCCCGUCCCACUCCGCGUGCAAAGAGCCCGUCGUCUACCCCUGGAUGCGCAAAGUUCACGUGAGCACGGUAAACCCCAAUUACGCCGGCGGGGAGCCCAAGCGCUCCCGGACCGCCUACACUCGCCAGCAGGUCCUGGAACUGGAGAAGGAGUUUCACUACAAUCGCUACCUGACGCGACGCCGGAGGGUGGAGAUUGCCCACGCGCUCUGCCUGUCCGAGCGCCAGAUCAAGAUCUGGUUCCAGAAUCGGCGCAUGAAGUGGAAAAAAGACCACAAGUUGCCCAACACCAAGAUCCGCUCGGGUGGUACCGCGGGCGCAGCCGGAGGCCCCCCUGGCCGGCCCAACGGAGGCCCCCCUGCGCUCUAGUGCCCCCCAAGCAGGAACUCGAACUUGGGGGGCGGGGGGGACAGCGAACACCGAAGGGGGUAUGCGGGGUAUGGGAGGGUCCCCAGGCUUGAGCCCAGAAAAACCUAUCUACCCUACCCCCACUUUAUCUAUAAGGAAUAAACGCAGAGAAGGGGGGUAGGGAAGCCUUAUUUAUAGAAACGACAAUAGGGAGCCGGGUAAAGUCCUCCGGAAGCAAGAUUCGAGUCUCUUGCUUUCUUCCUUAAAAAGAGAGAGAGAGAGAAAGAAAAGAAAAAAGAAGAAAGAAAGAAAAGGAAGAAAGGAAAAGACAGAAGAGAAAUGGAGAGGCUUUUGCGCCUGGCUUUCAGCUUUGGUGAAGAUGGAUCCACGUUUCAUCUUUAGUCAUGCCAGGCCUCGGCCCAUCUGUCUUGUUUACUCCGCCGAGGAGAAGACGAGCUUCGGUGGCGACCAUUACCUCGACACUUGGCUAACAAAUGAGGCCGGCUCGGCCGCUGCCGCUGCCUUUGCUGCUGCCGCUGCUGGACCACAGCCUGGAUUUUCUUUCUUUGUCCCUUACUCCUGACACCCAGCGAAUGCACCCUCAGACUGCCAGAUAGCACAGUGUUUUGGCCACGGUAACACACACACACACACACACACACAUAACUUUCCUCCCUGUCUGUGCCCACUUUGGGGUGGGGGUGGGAAGACCGCUCCCCUCCCUUCCACCAUAGACUUAGAAGGGGAAAAAGAAGGGAAGCGAGGGGUGGUCUGCACAAUGUGGGUUCCCAAAUCUGAACCCAAGAAAUAAAUAAAUAAAUAAAGAAAGAAAGAAAGAAAGAAAGAAAGAAAGAAAGAAAGAAAGAAAGAGAGAAAGAAAGACACCCAAGAGAGUCUUCUGCUAGAAGGUCCAGCCAGGCCUGGCAGGGUGAGGGGCAGUUGAGUUCUGGGAGCUGGGCAGUUCACAGUAGUAGAGCCCAGGCCUUCUCUUAGGUUACAAAUGAAUGUGAAAUUAGGAAAUCAAAUGCUGUGGCCCUCCUACUCUGGAAGGACAAUGUUGCAGAAUCCUCUCCCGUUGUUAUCAUUGUUGCACCGUUUAUUAUUAUUAUUAUUAAUAUUAUUAUUAUUAUUUUAUGUCGUGUGUGUCCUCUCUCCUGUUCUCUUUCUGACAUUCCAAACCAGGCCCCUUCCUACCUCUGGGGCUGCCUGAGCCUAGAACCUUUUGUUGGUGUGAAAAUUUGUGUCCUGUACAGAGUGACAACAGAAAUAAAUGUUUGGUUUCUCGUGACCAUCA